AUGGCCUGCCUGCUGUUUCAUAACAAUCUCGUUGUCUUCAACAUCCAUCUCAUUCAUCUCCUAUUGUUUUACUCCUACCAUUUGAUAGAACAGUAUCUCAACUUCCUCUCACCGUUUCAGUUUGAUCGUGCUGUGCAUCGCCUUUACGCCGACCCGGGUCAUAUUUGUACGAACCAACUAGCAGAUCGACUUUUCCAGCGCCUCUAUUGGGCCUUACGAGCCGUGCAAUUUAAGAUUUUCUACAAAAACGAAGAACUGGACGUGGACGAUAUUUCCGAUCGUGGAGAGGUCGGCGUACGACCGCCGCCGCUUGACGAACUCGUCAGAACGACUCGAUUCAGCCGCCGAUGGAUCAAGUACAUGUAUGCGAAAUUCAAAAAUGAAUGCCCAACUGGUCGAAUGUAUGAGCCAGAAUUUCGCCGGGUUCUUGCAUCCAUCAUCGCACCCGAGAGGGCAACCGAUCAGUACUUUUCGCGACUGUUUAAUGCCUUCUCAACAGAUGACAAGAAAUCGGUUACAUUCCAAAACCUUAUCGAGUGCCUAUCACUGAUCGAGCCCCAUACAGCCGAGAGUAACGCCUUGUGGACGAUUCGCAUCAUCACGGGAUACCAAGUCGAUCACUUCGGUUUUCCGGAAUUCCUUUCCUUUACUGAGUCGGUUUUCGGAUUGAACGAGGGAAAGCAGUCCGACCACAACGAAGAGAACAACCGGGAAACCGAGCUCGACAGCAACGGGGAUGGCAUUGUCACUUUAGAGGAUAUGGUGCGAUUUUUUAAGUCGUUCGAAAACUCAUCGCAGCUACGAAGUAUGACGACCAGCAGCAAUCACUCCAGUCGGUUACCAGUAUGA